AGUGAUUUUUAGGCGUUUAUUUUUUUCCCUACAUUUUUUGCCCACAUCUCACAGAAAACUGUCCCCGUGUCCACUGUGGUGUGAAAAACCCACCCAACCUUUGCUCAGUUUGCUCUGCCAGUGGGCUCCCCAGAGCAGCAGGCUUAUCAACCAUAUCAAUCUAAUCAAAAGAGGCCCUCUUUGGCGCACUCUGUGUGUGUGUGUGUCUGUGUCCAUCAAUUAUGUUUCCGGUGGAGCUGGUGGGCUCGUAUCGUUCGCUUUUUUGUCUACUUCUUGCUGAUUGAGAUGAUAACAUCUUUGAUUAAUUUGAGACACAUCCAAAAGAGGCCCAAGCGGCGCGCGGGAGAGAGCGUUGUUUGCCCUUAUCAGUUUCAUUUCGCCCAACGGUGCAGAAUCAGCACUGCUAUCUGCAACGCCGCCAGUCUCACAACAAUCAUGCGUGACUCAUGGGUUUGUGGGGCUGAGAGUUUCGUUUUCGCAUCGGAUGGAUGGGUCUCGAAGGAGAGUUUCUGCUGCUUCCUGAAAAAACGAAAAUGGAACCUAAAAUUAAACGCUUUUGGCAACCAGUGAGAGCGGCCGAACGAUAUAUCGGACGGUCACGUUUUGGAGCAACAACCGCGCUCAAUGCUCCGGUGGUGUGUUGACGCUACCCAUUCGCCACACCGCUAUCAGGCGUCGACACCCUUUAUGCUUCGAAGGUUGGUUGGGUGUUUCGAUUUGACCGUUUUCGGUACUUUUGCGGUGUGAUAAGCCAAUAAAGCAUGAGCACACGGGAUGAGUGAAGUGUCUUUAUCGUGGACCAAUGGGCAGGCCACAAUCAGCGCGUUUCGGUCGCGGGACCGUCCUCCCCUAUUUCAUUGAAUGGGACGGGCAGGAGAGUGAGUGCCUCUGCACUGCAUUUCUGAAGAUUGAACUGGAUCGAUCUUCUUCUAACUCAACCGAUCUGCACUACUACCGGUAAUCAAGGGGAGGCAAGAUAAAAAAAUACCAAUGCACGUCGUCACACACGGCGUGCUGAGUGCCGGCAAACGCGCGGUGUAUUGUGUGUUGUGUCAGGGCGGGUGAUGAUAGAUGGGAAAUGAAGGAGUGCAGCUUUGGUCGGGAAUGCGGGAAGCAGCAGCAGCAGUAGCAGCAGUAACCGUGCUGGAGAAGAUCUUGAUAAGUGUACAAAACUCUGGGCGUAUAAACGGUGCGCUGCUCGUUCGCUGGUCGUUCAGUUGGAAUUGUUCCGUUGGAAAGCGUUCACUGGAGUGUUGGCAGCGUGCCGUAGUCGCUCGGGAUAACUGUAGUGUGUGUGUGUGUGUGGCCAAGUGGUUUUGUGCGAUUUGUGCAUCUUCGAUUGCUUCUUCUUGGGGGAAUAUCCAACGGGAGGGUCCAGUUUCGAAAGCGAAUGCUCUACCAAAGGGACAGCCAGGGACGCCUUGUGAUUGCACAGUUUCGCACUGUACUGACACUGCGUGAAUCUCCCCAUCGCAAGCGCGCCUUUCUUUAAGGGAAAUAAUCCUUUCAUCUGCCAGGCACAGUACAAGUCUCAGUGUGGAGAUGUAAAUCACUCGCCCACGUGCAAGCAAUACUGAACACAGCCGCCAACCGCUCCCGAGCCUCUGCCGCAAAGCGAUAGAAGAGAGACCGACCCUUUUAAACCGGUGUACGAACAACAAAUUAAGUUUGCCGACUGUCCAACCGACCCACCAUCCACCAAAACGCCCAUCUGAAAGUCUGCUUGUGAAUUCUUACGAGUGUCUCUGUGUGUGAACAAGCAGAGUUGGUGCAGCAGUUGGGACAAACAUCUGGAGCGUGCGACAACAAACACAAACUCCAGUGUCCAGCGUCCUCCAGAGUCCAGAGCGGAAAUGGCAAGCUACUGUCGGUGCCUGCUGGUUGUAUUGCUGGCGGGUGUCGCUCUUGGGCAACCGGAGAGCAUCCGCAGCGAGCCCACGGAUGACUCGAGACCAACGUUUACGGUGUACGAUUACUUGGCGGUCGCCUUCAUGCUGGUCAUCUCGAUAGGCAUCGGCGUGUUCUACGGAUGGUUUGAAAAGCGGGGCAGCAGUGGCGCCGAUGCGGCUGGCGGUGAGUCGAGCGAUGACUUUCUGCUCGGCUCGGGCAUGAGCCUGUUCCCGGUGACGCUCAGCCUCACCACCAGCUUCAUCACGGCGAUCGAGCUGCUCGGCAACCCGGCGGAGAUGUUCUUCAGCGGCACCCAGUUCUCGCUAAUCGUGAUAUCGAUGGUGCUGGUAGUGCCGGUUGCGGUGAAGGUGUUCUAUCCCAUCUACUACAAGCUGGAUGUAACCAGUUGCUACGAGUAUCUUGGGAUGCGGUUCGAUAAGCGGAUCAGAACGUUCGGCGCGGUGCUGUACAUUCUUCAGAUGCUGUUCUACACGUCGGUGGCCGUCCUGGCGCCCGCCAUCGCCCUCUCGGAAGCAACAGGUCUGAACAAGUACAUCGCCGUCGUCCUGAUCUACUUUGUGUGCAUCUUCUACUCGUCGCAGGGCGGCAUGAAGGCGGUCGUUAUCGCCGAUACGUUCCAGGCGUGUGUGUUGCUGCUUUCGCUGAUACUAAUACUCGCACUCGGGACGCACUACUCGGCCGGACUGUCGGACGUGUUUAGCCGGGCGGCGGAACACGACAGGAUUGAAUUUUUCAAUUUUGAUCCCAAUCCGACGACUCGCCACUCAGUGUUUUCCGUCAUCAUCGGUGGCUUUUUCUACUGGACCUCGAUGUUCUGCACCAAUCAGGCGUCCGUUCAAAAAUGCAUGUCAUUAAAAUCGCUGAAAACGGCCAAACUUGCACUCUACUUCUCGCUGCUCGGAUUGAUUGCGGUGUUUUUGAUGAACUUCUACACGGGAUUGAUGACUUUCGCACACUAUUCCGACUGCGACCCGCUGGCGGCCGGCCAGAUCACGGCCCCGGAUCAGCUGCUGCCGUUCUACGUGAUGGAUGUGUUCGGGCACAUCAAAUUCAUGGCAGGGAUCUUUGUGGCGGGCAUUUUCGCCGCCAGCCUGGGCACCGUUGCAGCGGCACUGAACUCGCUGGCAGCCGUCACUUGCGAGGACCUGCUAGUGUCCGGUAUGGAGCUGAAGAUACCGGCCGGCAAGGGUGCACUGUACGCCAAGUGGAUGUCCCUCGGCUUUGGACUGGUAUCGUUCGGGCUGGUGUUUGUGGUGGAACGGCUCGGCGGCAUCCUGCAGGCCACCCUGACGCUGAACGGGCUGAUCGGUGGCGUCACGCUCGGACUGUUCAGUCUGGGAAUAUUCUUCCGCCGUGCAAACAGUAAGGGUGCAAUGAUCGGUGGAAUUGUUUCGCUGGUACUGGUCAUAGCGGUCGGUGUGCUGGCACAGCUGAACAACGAACCGACGGCACCAUUGCCGUCCUCGGUCGAAGGUUGCAACGCGACGCUAUCGCUCGACGGUCGGCUACACUCGGGCGGCUUUGCGUACGACAUCGAACCUGCCGAUGGUGCAGUUAGUCUAGCGCUGCAGCAUCACGUCGAUGAUGGAACGGUCACACAUCUGCUGUCCAUCGCCACGAAGGAUGGCUGGAAUGGACAGCGAAUGGAGCAAAAUUUCUACCGACUUGCCAGUGAAGAUGCUGCAUCCUCGGACGCUUCCAGCGAUGUGUCAAUGCUAUCCACUACCACCAGACAGGAAGACGGUUCAUCAUCCUGGUUCGCCUCCGUCUACCAGAUCAGCUACAUGUGGUACAGUUGCCUCGGCACACUGCUGACGGUGAUCCUGGGCUUGCUUGUUUCGCUACUCACCUCGGACGAACCGUCGUUCGGCAGCUGCUUCAGCCGAUCCACCACCGCCACCGAGUCGGAGCUACCGACCACCGACGCUAACCCGUCCGCAUCCUCCAAGAAGGACUCCCUCCAAUGCGUCGUUGUGAGUGGCGGCGAGGGAAAGCGUACCACCGCGGCCAAGCUGAGCGUCGGUUCGAUGGCCCCGCUAGCGCUGAUGAUGCGCACCUCGGUAAAGCUCACGCCGGCAGGUGGCGCCCGACCGCUGGAGAACGACGCCAGUAUCGGCUCGAGCCAGGCAAGCAUCUACUCCCUCGGCCAGCAAACGGUUACCUCCGAGCUGGAUGGAUCGUCCGCGGAGGAGGAGCGCAGUGGGCUGGACCGUAGCGUGAGCAGCAUUCCCCCGACGCAAUCGCCGAUGAGGGUGGAAACGGAACGAUUUUAAUUAUGAAUUUUGCUGCAAGUCUCCAUUUCCUUUUGCAAAGAAAAUUGCAUCCCGAUAAGGUUGGGCGCGGACAAGGGCACAGGAGGCCAGGGCGAGAUAGCUCGUUUGCUGUACAAUCCUUUUUUUUUGCAUCCCGGGAAAGGAAAUGAGAUCGUACCGGGAACGUCAUCUACCGCCCCCCGCCCAAUCGCGGAGAGGCAUUCAAUCGUGCUCGAAAUCACAUUGGUUCAUGUAUGUUUUGGUAAUAAGUGAAGAGUCUAGUGCACGUGUUGCUUCUGCUACUGGCUAGUGCUAGGAGCGAGUGUCAUUGGUACUUGAUGAUUCGGUGCUCGAGAUACGGUUAUUAUGUGUCCAUUAUCGGGCAUGAAAGUUGUUUGUUUAUUAUGCACUACACCGAUGUGGCACACACACACACACACAACCACACACAGUAUUUAUAUUUAUAGCGUCUUGAUGUUAUGCUCCUCCUGAACCGAAAACGGGGGUGCUAUAGAGUAGGAACAUGUUUAGCACGUACGUGUGCUGAUGGAGAGGUUUGAAUCUGCAGCUUGUUGUUUGGUAGCUUUAGAAACGCUUUCUAGCAUGUAGAGGUAGUGGCAAGGUUUGGAGGUGCAUACUUUCAGGCGGAAAUAAAACACCGGCCAAUGCCGGAUAUUUGUUUUUGAAAAGCGAA